AUGAAAAUUAAAGCCCUUGCCCGCCCUACGGCGUCACAGCAGGCCCCUGGGUCCUCUACAGUCCGCCAGGCGCGCAAUUUGGACCCGGCCCAGCAUCCUUUCGAGCGAGCGAGAGAAUACACUCGAGCCCUGAAUGCUGUCAAGAUGGAGCGCAUGUUUGCUGCUCCAUUUCUGGGACAGAUGGGUGACGGCCAUGUUGAUGGUGUGUACACUAUGGCAAAAGAUCCCGGCUCUCUUGAACGCUUCGCAAGUGGCAGUGGCGAUGGUGUUGUGAAGGUGUGGGAUUUGACAACACGCGAGGAGAUUUGGCAUACACAAGGUCACGAGAACAUGGUCAAGGGAGUGUGCUGGACUCCUGAUCGGAAACUGCUGUCAUGCGCCAGUGACAAAACCAUCAAACUCUGGGACCCAUAUGGCUCAACACCCGAGUCUCCUCCGAUGGCCAGUUACCUAGGAUCCGGUGCCUUUACUAGUGUCUCACACCAUCGCAACCACCCAUCCUUUGCUGCAUCUUCAUCGGUGAUCUCUAUCUAUGACCUCUCGCGUCCUUCUUCCACGCCUUCGCAAACUCUGCACUGGCCGACCAGUGUCGACACCAUCACCUCAGUUGCCUUCAACCAGAGUGAAACUUCGAUUCUCGCCUCCACUGCCAUUGAUCGUUCAAUCAUCAUGUACGAUCUCCGAACUUCCUCUCCCGUGCAGAAAUUGAUUUUGAAGCUGGCAUCUAACGCCAUCGCUUGGAACCCAAUGGAAGCGUUCAACUUUGCAGUGGCCAACGAGGACCACAAUGCGUAUAUCUUCGACAUGAGAAAGACAGACCGUGCUUUGAACGUACUCAAGGAUCACGUCGCUGCUGUGAUGGAUAUUGAAUUCAGCCCGACGGGUGAGGAGUUGGUUACCGCAUCCUACGACCGUACGGUUCGUCUCUGGAACAGAGAUCGCGGUCACUCUCGCGAUAUUUACCACACCAAGCGGAUGCAACGUGUGUUCUCCAUCAAGUUCACUCCUGACAACAAGUAUGUUCUAUCUGGAUCGGACGAUGGCAACGUUCGACUGUGGCGUUCGCAUGCCUCUGAGCGAAGUGGUGUUACAAGUGCUCGCCAGCGAACCAAGCUAGAGUACGAUCAGGCCUUGAUAAAACGGUACGCACACAUGCCAGAAAUUCGCCGCAUCAAGCGCCAGCGUCACCUGCCCAAGCCUAUCAAGAAGGCUGGUGAGAUUAAGCACGAGGAGCUGAACGCCAUCAAGAGGCGUGAGGAGAAUGUGCGCAAGCACACUAGCAAGAAGGAUCUGAAGGCGAGACAGAACGAGCGUGAGAAGAUGAUCUUGGCUCGUGAGCAAUAA